AGGCACAGGGCCCCCAGGCGGGGCGGCAGGCACUGGACCCCCAGGUGGAGCGGCGGGCACCCGGGUCAUCAGGCACGACAGCGGGCAUCGGGUCACCAAGCAUCAGCGGGCAUCGGGUCACCAGGCAUCAGGUCAUUUGGCUCGACAGCGGGCACCACGUCAUCUGGCAAGGCAGUGGGCACCGAGUCACCAGGCACGAAAGUGGGCUCUGAGUCAAUUGGCACGACAGCGGGCACCGGGUCAUCAGGCAUCGGGUCACCAGGCAUGACAGCGGGCACUGGGUCAUCAGGCAUUGGAUCGUCUGGCUCGACAGCGGGCAUCGGGUCACCAGGCAUGACAGCGGGCACCGGGUCAUCAGGCAUGACAGCGGGCACUGGGUCAUCAGGCAUUGGAUCGUCUGGCUCGACAGCGGGCAUCGGGUCACCAGGCAUUGGAUCGUCUGGCUCGACAGCGGGCAUCGGGUCACCAGGUAUGACAGCGGGCACCGGGUCA